GUCAUGAGGGCGUUCCCCCAGUGCGUCAGGUGUGUCUCACCUGAGCUCGGCAGUUCUUCCGCUAGCGACGGGAGCCGCAGCAUCCUCGUCCUCCUCCUGAAGAUGACGGCGCGGAGAUGCAUCGGCAGCUGCCUGCCGUUGUUCGUCAUGGCGGUCGUCUUCGACGUCCUCGGCGUGGUCCUGCUGUUCGUCGGGAUAUUCGGCAACGUGCAGAUGCACGGCGUGUUUUACGGGGAUUUCCUCAUCCACACCGGCGCCCUGGUCUUGUUCGCCAGCCUGGCCCUUUGGCUCAUGUGGUACGUGGGGAACAUCAGGGUGAAGGAUGAGGAUUUGGCGCGCAGAUCGAGCGCCGCGCGCAGCGUCAAAGAGCUCGCGAGGAAGCUCACGGAGAGGCUGUCCAAAACACACCUGAAGGACAACACGGGUGAGAAAUCGGGAAGCAAAGCUUCCACCAUUCGAAACGUAACGUGGGGGAAAUCCACCUAUUUCCCAGGACACAAGGAUUCAGAAUCGGACAUGAUCAAAUGUGACGAACUAUCCAAAGAGAAGCCGGACGACGGUCAGUUCAUGUGCUUCCAGAAUCAAGGGUACGAGGACGAGGAGCCACGCAAACCAACUCAAGAAGAGCCAGGCGACCAGACCCGCUCUGAAGACGGUUCAGAGUCGGUCGAGGGCAAACGCAAUGAAGGGUCCGACGGGAAGAAGCCGGGAAACGAUCAGUUCACUUGUUACCAGAACGAAGGCUACGACGAAUCAGAACCAGACGUGGCCAAAGGCGGCGAGAAGCCCUCAGAUGAUCAGCCAGAGAGCAUUGACGUUCUGCUGUGAGAAGGGGUGCUAAAACAAUGAACGAAUAGCCAAGGACCUCCAAUAGUCUUCAAUCAUUUGCCAUUACCAUCGUUUCAGAUGGUAGUGUAGUAAAACCGCUUGAACGUAGUAAAACACAACCGUCUGUCGUUUAUACGGGGGAGUUUCUCAACGGCCUGAUAUAAUGCUGCGAUACGUUUAAUGCGCACCAAAUUGGUGACGUGAACUCCUACUUUGCACAAAAUUUAACCUCAAAACGGCCAAAAGUCGCGAAGUGCGACUCGGUUACGGCCUUUGUUUUUUCUUGCACAUGCUCAUUUGUAAAUUCAUGCAGCACCUCAUGCGUUGUAGGACUCCAUUUCCCUUUCAAAGCGGCAGCUGGGCGCUCAUGCAAACUCCUCCAGAGUUGAGCCGUUUCGUUUGUUAGCCACAGCAGCGGCCAAACCAGUCCGACGGCAAAUAAAGCGGACGGAGUUUAUUCACGGGACCUGCCGCUUUAUGUAGGUACGCAAGUGAACGUUAAAACCGUAUGUAUAUGUGACCCUGGAACAUAAAACCAGACAUAAGUUAGAUGUUUGUAGCAAUGGUCAAAAAUACAUUGUAUGGGUCAAAAUGAUCGGAACCCAAAAUCGUUAGGAUAUUAAGUAAAGAUCCUACUUCAUGAAAAUAUUUUCUACUAUAAUUUUUGAUUAGUAAUAUGCAUUGCUAAGAACUUUAUUUGGACAACUUUGAAGGUCAUUUUCUCAAAAUUACAAGAUUUCUAAAUAGUUCUAUCUCAGCCAAAUAUUGUCCAUACAGUGGAAAAUCAAUGGAAAUCGUAUAAUUCAGCUUUAAGGAAACACUUGUGACUGGUUUUGUGGUCCAGGGUGUAUAUAUAGAUAUCAAAAUAUGCAAAAAUAGGCUUACAUAUUUUCUAAGACGUUUGAAAAGCAUUUUUAAUGUAAAAAAAGGCAUUUCCUAGCCUUUUUAAAUGUUAUGUUUUUUAUUUUUUUGCCUUUAAUUUUCCCUUUCAAAUAUUUCAAUACGAGACU